AUGCCGCACCAAAUCCCCGUCCAUCACAAACAAAUUCCUUCCAUCACGUACCUGCAGUCGGGGGCGCGCGACGCGCCUACGGUAUGCAACCAGCUACAGGCGAUCUGCACGUGUCAGACCCAGCCCAGCUCGACCACCAAAAAAGUGGCCUUGCCAAGCUGGGCUGGCGUCCAUUUCCAAAUCAAGACUUGCGCUUAUCACAUGCUUGGCAGCUUCGUCCUGGGACGAUCACUAGGCGAGUGGGAACUUUUUGGAAAAAGUCGAUCGCAAAAGGUCGAUUGGAAAUUUGGAAUAGUAAAGAAUGUCAACGAACAAAAACAAGAUGAUGGGGUUGCGCUGCAGGCUGCUGCAGCAACGGGUCCUACGGGUCCUACCCACGAUUUCCCCCAUCACUGA